ACGACCGUGCCGGUUUCGAAGUACGCGUUGCCAGAUUAUUCAGGUACGGCAAUUCUUCUGCGCUAUAUUCUCGCUCCAAAUUAGAUAGACAUUGAGCGCGCGCGAGAAACGCGCGCAGUGAGAUCGUUCGCACUCCAUAGCAGGCCUUGCUCGACUUUGGCCGCAAUGGGGGCCGCUAUCGGGCGGGGCACCUGCCCGCUUGACGGGGCGCCCGCUGGACGCGAGGCGCCAGAUGCGGGGGCCUGGCUGCAACGCGCGAUCGCUCUUUGCCCGUGCGCCAUGGCCCAUGCCCAGACGCCCAGGGACCCGAGGCAGCUUGCUGCUGGCGGCCGCCGCUGGCUGCUGGCCGCCAAUGGCUGCUGGCCGGCGCCGCUCGCCGCAGGGCGGCCGCCGCCAGCGGCCGCCGUGGGCCCCCCGCGCGCCGCGUCGCCAGAGGCCCCCGCAGCGCAGCCGCGAAGGGGCGCGCGCGUCGGCAAGGGCCGGCCUCCGCUUGCGCCGAAGCCCUCGCCCAAGCCGGUCGCGCCAGUUCGGCGGGCAAGCGCCGAGUCCGAGCCCGACAUGGAGGAGCUGUGCGCGUCCUCCGACAGGGGUUCGCGCGCCGACGAGUACCAGGAGAAGGCGAGUCUCUCCCCGGCGAGCUCCGCCGA